AUGCACAUGAGCCGGCACUCACACGACUUCCUCAUCGUCGGCCCGGUCGGUGCGGGCAAGACGACUCUCGUUCGCAGACUGCACGCGCUGGGAGCGCGGCAGCGAGCUACGUCGACGACAGCGGCGCCGCCGCAGCCAACCGUAGGUACCGAGCUACUCACUCUGUCGCGCCCCUCUCUCACCCUGCUGGAGGUCGGGGGCGCAAUGGAGCCGCUGUGGGAGGGGUUCCUGGGCCACUGCCGCCGCGGUCUCCUCUUCGUGGUGGACACCUCCAGUGCUUGCGCAGUCGGCGCCGCGUCGGUGGCACUGCUACGGCUCCUCUCUUCAGAGGACCCGUCUAACAAGCGGCCGCUCCUCCUCGUCCUGAACCAGCGAGACCGACUAGACGCGCUGCCCGAAGGCAUCGUGCGGCACCUCCUGCGCCUCGAUGGUAUGCAGGAGACAUCUCGCGGGAGGCGGAUCUCCAUCCAUUGGACGAGCGGCCGGAGCGGCGACGGAGUGGACGGCGUGCUGAGGUGGUGCGUCGAGGAGCUGCAGCGCAACCCGCAGGCUUCGAGGUAA